CCCAUCUCUAGGUGGGUGGUGCCGAGAGGUUCGUUAGGAUUUUUAAUUUAGAAAUCUGUUUAUAAUUUUGUAAUUAGAUAGAUAAUUGAAACAUAAUUGUUAUAUUUAGACAUAAGAAUGACGUUAAUAGUGAAAUAAGUGUACAUAGAAUAUUUCGUUACGAUAAUUUUUGUCAGCUAUUUUUAUAACCUAAAUUAGUCAUCGAAUCGAGACUAGAUCUAGUUAGGAGUAACAGACGGUGUCUGGAUUUAAUUACUCAUUUUGAUUUCUCCUGUGGUUCCUAAAUUUUUACGUGUUGUGUUCAUGAAAUAAUGUUAUAACUAGACAGGAUAAAAGUGGCCCAUUGCACUUGUGGAUAAUCUGGCUUUCUAUUAGUGUAAAAUGUUACUUCUACAUCCAAACUCACAGACUCUGUUAUAACACUUAUACUGUAGACAAAAACAUCUGUAACUUUUUAAUAGGAAGAGUGCUUGGACUGCAAUCCCUACAUGCUGGACUAGAUACAGAUACAGAUAACAUAGAAACAUACGCCUCUCGUCCAGACCACCGUCACGCUGUGAUAUAAAACCCAGUUUGUGAUUUAAUUAGUCGGUAGAGCAACCUAUCCAAAGAUGGAAACCAUAUACGAUUGGUACAGAGACCUGAUGGACAACAGGGGCGAUCCUCGUGUGAAGGACUGGGCGAUGACGUCAUCGCCGUGGCCUACCCUCGCGAUAUGCUUGACCUACGCGUUCUGCGCCAAACAACUCGGCCCCAGUCUCAUGGCGAACCGUAAACCCUUCGAGCUCAGGAGAGUUCUCGUCGUGUAUAACCUGGCACAGACAAUAUUCAGCGCGUGGAUAUUCUAUGAGUACCUGAUGAGCGGCUGGUGGGGCCACUACGACUUCAGAUGCCAAUUAGUCGACUAUUCUCGCAGUCCGAUGGCAAUGAGAAUGGCGAACACCUGCUGGUGGUAUUACUUCAGCAAGUUCACCGAGUUCAUGGACACGUUGUUCUUCGUUCUCCGCAAGAAGAACGAGCAUGUGUCCACUUUGCACGUCAUACACCACGGCAUCAUGCCGAUGUCCGUGUGGUUCGGACUGAAGUUUGCUCCAGGUGGACACAGCACAUUCUUCGCCCUACUCAACACUUUCGUGCACAUAGUUAUGUACUUUUACUACAUGGUGGCUGCCAUGGGUCCUAAGUACCAGAAGUAUAUCUGGUGGAAGAAGUACCUCACCGCUUUCCAGAUGGUUCAGUUCGUGUUGAUCUUCAGUCACCAGCUGCAGGUGUUGUUCCGGCCGUCGUGCCAGUACCCGCGCGUCUUCGUCUACUGGAUCGCCAUGCACGGUUUCUUGUUCCUCUUCCUGUUCAGUGACUUCUACAAGGCGAGGUACACUCCCGCCGACAGGAAAGCAAGGCUCAACAACGGCCUGUGUAUGGCGGUCAUGAGCGACAACGCCAGCAAGAACGGAUACAAACAAGAAGUGGGCUCCGAGGUUCCGAACUCGUACGCGUCGUCGGGCGCGGACGCGUUCGUACGCAGGCGGCCCGUGUCAUAGUGUCCACCCAACAGCACGCGACCACGCGAACAUAAAAGUGUAGCUUUAAAGUUAAAAAAACCAUCUCGAACUUUCCACGUUAGUGUUCGACAACCGUUCACUUGAAACCAGUGGUUUGAUGACACCGAGGAACUAUUACCCUGCCGACGUGAACAGCAUUGUGUGACAGUGCACACGCGGCGGUCUCUGCGAACCAAGUGUGCCGAUGAGUGGAGCCGGGACUAGCGCGGCACGACGCGCGGCAUGACUCGCGGCAUGACUCACGGCACGACGCGCGGCACGGCUCGCGACACAACUCGCGACACUGCAGCGAAGGCUCCGAGUGAUGUGGACAUUCUAUUUCUGCUAUAAAUAAUUACAAAUUAAAUACGAUUAUGUAAUGUAAAUUUUUUAAAUGCACAAAUAUCACUCAUCUUGAAACUUGCUUGGAUCGUAUAUUGCCUUGUGAUUUUUUAAGUACAAAAUAUUAGUAUUGAGAGUAUUCUAUGGAUUGUUAAAAUUAUCUUGGGGUAUAUGAAUCUAUAUCGCACUGUUGCGAUAUGUUUUCCCUCUAAUAAAAAAAGAGUUUAUUGUAAUAACAAUUUAGGGUCGUCGAAUUAUUUGGUCGAAUAUAAAUGAAUACGUUGGAGAAAGUGAGGUGGGCAUUUUGUAUUAUGUAUAUAUUUUUUUAAUAGAAAAUUAUAGUUAUGUGGUUAUCUUGUAACUAGGUGUAUUGGAGGUUAAAGGAUUUUGUAAAUAUAAUUUUAUUAAAAGUUGCUAGAAACGCAAUUCAAUCAUGUUACCAUGGGUACAGCCUUUUAGAUGAUAUUAUACUCCAGUGUUAUUUACUAACUGCCUUUUCCUUUUCCUUACAGUGUGCCCAAACUUCCCUUUAUACUGUCACUUCCACAAAUGGUAUACAAACUCGUUCAUGUAUACGGGUUAUGGCAAAGAGAAAGUAUUUUAAUUGAUGUCAUGUUACAAAAUUUAUUUAAGGAUUUGUUACGUCUAUUGUAUACCUUUUUAUCUACGUCACUCAGAAGAGCUCGUUCUUAACUAGUCUGUGUGCAGUUUUCGCAAAAUAUAAUAUCAUCUGUGGGUUCCAGAAUAUCCUCUCGGGAUAUUUUUUAUUAUAAUGUGUGUAAUAUAAUUAAGUACCUAUAUAAAAUAAAUAUUUAUUUCUUUUAAUUCUAUACAGGUUUGUUCUAACUUCACUCGGCUACUUAUUACUGUAGUAUGUUAAAUGACGAUCAUGCAUAUUAUAAGUUACCGGCAAAUGAGUUAGAAUAACUGUAACUUUGAUCAGUUUGUGUAUGAAUAAACAUUACAGCAUAAGAUAGAUUGGACUAGCACGAGACGGCUCUUCGUGAGUAGUGACUCGGCGGGAUGACCAAUGAGUAUGCACAAUCUCCAAACGCUAAGUAAUCUGGAUUGUAUUUAUGUAUUAUUUUGAAUCUUGUUCUGGUGUUGAAAUGCUUAAUGUGUGCGCAAUGUGAAAUCCCGGUUGCUUAGAUACUUGGCCGGCGAAACGACAGAACUGCUCAAGUAAUUGCUACGAGUUCACUCUUUUGCAACUUUAUUUAUUAUUUUAAUAAAGAAUUUUACUAAA